CUGUUCCCACCGACCACUAUUUUCAGACGGACCUGUACUCUUACCGGUUGAAACAAGUUUUCACUUGACACGGAAACUAACUCAAAAAAUAAAUUCAAUCUACAAAUCAAAGCGCGAUAGUGUGGAGCUAACUUAAUUGGUAAAAGUACCGGUAUGCAAUAUUUGUAAGAGAAUAAUGCCUAACCGGUCAGUUUAAUUGACUACCUGUCGUUAACUUCCUGCAAACAUGGCGACUGUAACUCGAGCAGCACCGCUCCGGAUCCUGUGCAUACACGGUUACCGACAGAACAGCGGCUCGUUUCGCGAGAAGACUGGGGCCCUACGGAAGCUCCUGAAGAAGUAUGUGGAGCUGGUUUACAUGAGUGCGCCUCACCGGGUACCGCAGACAGGCGACGCCCAAGGGAAGGAGAAUGAAGUGGGCCCUGGAAGUGACGAGGCCCCCAGGGGAUGGUGGUUCUCUGACACCCAGGCUCGGAGCUUCGACGCCGGCCAGCAGUGUCAGGCGAGCCUGGGGCUUGAGGAGAGUGUGGAGGCCGUGAGGACAGCAGUGAAGGACCUGGGCCCGUUUGACGGUGUGCUAGGGUUUAGCCAGGGCGCUGCUCUAGUUGCCGUGCUCUGUUCUAUACAGGAACAGAAUCUAGAACCACAAUUCCAGUUCCGCUUCGCUAUCCUGGUGGCCGGGUUCCGGAGUGCUUGUUCGGAACACCAGCGGUUCUAUGGUGGCCCUGCUUCGCUCGCCAUCCCGUCCCUGCACAUCUUCGGACAGGAAGACCAGGUCAUUCCUGAUCGGAUGAGCCGGGAGCUCCUUCCCCUGUUCCAGGAGCCUCUGGUGCUGACUCAUCCUGGUGGCCAUUUUGUGCCAGCGGCCUCGGCACACAGACAGACCUAUCAGGAGUUUCUCAAGAGGUUUCAGUAGGGGAAGGAGAAGCAUGGAAACUAUUCCAUCCUAGAAGUUUCAGAGGAGGUAAAUGUCUGAAAAUUAAGAGCAUAACUUCAUGUGGAUGUUGCUCAUCCAAAGACGACAAGUAACUUUUUCGAGAAUGUUGAUUUAAGUUAACACAGUUAUCUUGUGUAUCCAGAAAUUGUAAAAAUAUUUUAUUGGAAAGCGUCUUUAAUUUUCAUACAAUGUUAGUAGGCUACCACAGUAAAAAAAAAUGACUGCAUGUUGAAAAAUAAAUUCCAAAAAACAUUGA